CUUCAAAAUCAGUUUCGGAUCCCAAAACCUACUUUAUACUUCUUCUCUCUCUCUCUCUCUCUCUCUCUCAAAUCACCAUAUGUUUUUGCUGAAGAGGAAGAUUUGUGUGAAAUGAGAAAACAUGGUUGAAACAUGGGCAAAUUGUCACAAGACCACUGAGCAACAAUCUGUGUGAGCAAAAGCAUUUGUAUCCGAUCUGUCCUUGGCCGAAGUUUGCCGUGUCGUGAGUUGUUGACAAGCUCAUGGCGAUGUCAGCAGCGCACAUGCACCGAAGAGUUACUGCAACUUGGGAAGGAAACUGUCUCUGUGGGUGUGAGCAAUUGCGUGUUUGGAUCUCUUCUCCACGAUUUCGGUGAGAAAAAAAAUUGCUAUUCGAGUGAAUCUCACGAGAAAGUUGGUGAUGAUGGCACACAUUCGGGAUUGGGAUAUGAAUGGGAUGCUGGUGGAAUAGCGGAGACACCGACGAUGAGUGAUUCCGCAUCAUCGGAUGUGUCUAAGGGUAACGCCGAUGCAGCGCAGAAGAGCAGGCUGGCUGUGGGCCCGGCAUUAGUUUCAUUUCCACCCAAACCAUGGAGCUCUGGUAUCUUUGCCUGCUGCCAAGACAUUGGUAGCUGUUUCAGAACAUUGUUUUGCCCUGCGGCAACAUUUGGAACGCUCGCCAACGCCAUCGAUAAUACUCCUGGAAGCAAGGAUAGCUGCUGCACAUACCUUGCGAUGCAAUUCUGCUUAUCAAGUGCGACGCUGUCAUCCAAGUACAGGGGUCGGAUAAGGGAGAAAUACAACUUACUGGAGGAGCCAUUGUCUGAUUACGCAACUCACUGCCUCCUUGGGCCAUGUGCUCUUUGUCAGGAGUACCGUGAACUGAAAUACAACAAUGUUGAUCUUGAGCAAAAGAAAAAGAAAAUGACGACGAAAAAAAGCUUGAGGUCUGAGUUGUUCUACAAAAGCGUUGAGCGUGCCCUGCAAGAAUCUGUCGAAGCUGAAGAUGGAUCCAUUGUUUGGCUUACGACGAAACCCGGAGGCCCUCCAAAAUCUCCUAACAGCCGCCCUGCUACGACAUAAUACCAGUGAGUCAACGUGUGGACAAGACUUUGAGAACCAAUAGAUCGGAAACAAAAUUCUGUUUAGCCCUAGCUGUGUUCAAUGCUAUGGACAAGAGAAUUCCUGUAGUCUAGCCGUAAUCGCUUCGACAUGGCUCACCGGUGAGAGAUUGUGAGAAGGUGAUCAAUACAACAAGCCAAUGCGUACAAAAUAGUUAGAGCAUAGCUGGCAACGAACGAGAACGAAUUGGUUAACUUUAGGUUAACCGACUAUACACACAUUGUGUGUGUCAUCAGAGCGACCUUUAGCAACAUACGAUAUUAGCCAUAAGAUCUGUUUUGUGUGAACAUCUACCAGAGGCAGAAUGGCUACUUUACAUGAAAGUUUUGAGACAUCGAAGGUCUUGAAGAAUCAGAACUUCUACUUCGUGCUCGACACGAGAAACUCAGCUUAGGUUCUUUCAAGGUUCAACCUGUCAGUCAAGCGGAAAAUAAAACCUCCGAUGGAAUGAAUGCACCGCUCUUGCUCUGCGAAUUAUGGCGUUUACUUGCCAGACGAUCCUUGAACAUGAAUGGCAAAUUAUUUGAAUCUUAUUCAAAAGAAACACAUAGAUUGCUGGA